CUUUUACAGCACUAGUAUUCUUAGUACCGAAAAGAGGAAUUUUCUUUUGCCUUUUCUAACCCUGACCAAGUUGGAGCCAAACGAAUUACAUUUGUAAUUUAAGCCAUGGCUCGCGACGAGCACAAUGGAUUCGGCGACUGGGGCGGCUACUUUGAAGCAAAGAAAUCUAAGCUAGAGGAGCAGUUCACCGCCGCCAGCGAUCCAUUUCGCAAGUCCAACUUAUUUGCCGGCAUUUCAAUUUUCGUUAAUGGCCGAACCAAUCCUUCUGCCGACGAGCUAAAAAGAAUCAUGAUGGUGCACGGUGGAACCUACCAUCAUUAUGAACGUCCCCACACGACAUUCACAAUUGCCACCAAUGUGCCGGACGUCAAGGUGCGGAAUAUGAAUCUGAGCAAGUUCAUCAGCGCUCAGUGGGUGGUGGAUUGUCUGGAAAAUGAGAAAAUCCUGGACUAUAAGCCAUACCUGCUCUACACCAAUCAGAAGACUUCGCAGCCCCGUUUAAAUUUCGGAAAAUCAAAGAAUGAUAGCAACAAUGACAGCAAGCUGGAAGAGCCGCCUUUGAAAAAGUCUGAUUCCAAUUUAGAUGGGAUACUCAAGGAGCUCCAACAGGCCGUGGCUGCUUCCCCAGAGAAGGAGGCAAAGAUCACAAACCUGUCCACUACGAGCAACCCCUCCCACAAUGCAAUGAGUGCUGUGGACCCGGGAUUCCUUACAGAAUUUUACAAAAACUCACGACUGCAUCACAUUGCCACCCUGGGAGCAGGAUUCAAGCAGUACGUCUGUGAGCUAAGACAGGCCCAAGGCUCCAAAGGGUUCCCCAAAAGACAGGAUCUAAAGACCCUAACGAAAAGUACCCAGAUUGGCUCCGUGAGAUACGUAAUGCACAUCGACAUGGACUGUUUCUUUGUUUCGGUGGGCUUGAGAUCCCAUCCGGAGUUGCGCGGCCUGCCCGUAGCUGUGACACAUUCAAAGGGAGGAAGCGCAGCUACUGAUGUACCGGUGCAUCCCCAGGCGGACAGGGAGGCGGAGCUGGAACUCUUUGCCCAACGCUUUGAGCACCAUCUUCAUGACAACAUUAAAGCGGAUAAGGUUCGAUCGGGAUUUGAUAAGAAGAUGUCGCUCUCGGAGAUUGCUUCAUGCAGCUAUGAGGCCCGUAAGAAAGGCAUUCGCAACGGCAUGUUUGUGGGGCAGGCCCUAAAAAUGUGCCCGGAGCUAAAGACGAUCCCCUACGACUUUGAGGGAUACAAGGAGGUGGCAUUUACUCUAUAUAAUACGGUGUCCCAAUACACUUUAAACAUUGAGGCUGUCAGCUGUGACGAAAUGUUCGUUGAGCUUACCGAUCUAGUGGAUGAUCUAAAAGUAGAUGUUAUGGCCUUUGUCGGCUAUCUGAGGCAGGAAGUGCACGCCAAAACUGGGUGUCCUUGCUCAGCAGGUGUGGGAUCAAAUAAGCUUCUAGCUCGCAUGGCCACAAAAGAGGCCAAACCGAAUGGCCAGUACUUGUUGGAUCACGACCAAGACUUGCUGGCCUAUAUGGCACCCACUCCCUUGGAGUCUCUGCCUGGUGUGGGCAGCAGCAUGAGUUACAAACUGAGUCAGGUGGGCUUGUCCAGCUGUGGCGACGUCCAAAAGAUCACACUCGAAAAGUUGGAAUCUGUGCUGGGCAAGAAACAGGCCCAAACUUUGUACCAAAACUGCCAAGGAGUAGAUACGCGUCCCUUGAACUACGAGCAGCAACGCAAACAAGUUUCUGCCGAGGCAAACUAUGGCAUCCGUUUCUCCAAACCGAUCGAGGUCGAAAACUUUCUACGUCAGCUCGGUGCCGAGGUAACCACCCGUCUAAUAGAUGCCAAACGUAGGACGAAGUCGAUCAAUCUUAAGGUCAUGGUUCGCGCUGCCGAAGCCCCUGUCGAAACAUCGAAGUUCAUGGGCCACGGAGUCUGCGAUGUGAUCAACAAGUCAUCCAUUCUGAAGCAUUCCACAGACGACGUUAAUGUUAUUACUUCGCACGUUCUUAAACUAAUGAGGGAGGCCCAUUUGCCUCCGAAUGAACUGCGCGGAAUUGGGAUACACUUGAGUAAACUGGAAGACGUCAAUGUGGUGCGCAAGGAGAACAUUUUGAAAAAGAUGUUUGUCAAAAUAACUGAGAAAAAGAAGGAUCAAACUACGGUGGAACCACAAGAAGUGCCAGCAACGAAUAGCAAACCUAUACCAGAGGAAACUAAAGUGAAGCCAAAGGAAAAGACCAACGUACUUAGCAUGUUGACAGCGGCCGCUGGUCGGAAAUCUUUAAAUGAGGAUAAAGUGCGAAAUGAGCCUUCGCGAAAUUAUGAUUUUUUCGGGGCAGAUGAAUCGAGUCUUGUUUCUGCUUCAGCGGGACAAUUUGAUCCCGACAUUUUAGCUCAGCUACCGGAUGACAUUCGUCGUGAGGUUCUCACCUUCAAGGAGGAGUACCUUCGCAUUUCCGAAAAUGAUGAAACUGGCAGGUCUCCGAGCAAGAAACUAUGCACUCGCAUUCCAUCGCCACCACCUCUCGCUCUGGCCUUCUCGCCAUCCAGCAGUCCACUAAAUGAAAGCGAUCUUCAACCUUCUACCUCAAAGGCAGCAAUAGCACGUUUGGAAAAGAGAGCCACUCGCAAGGAGUACGAACUUGGUUGUCGGUCCGAUCAAAUUGUAUCCGAUUAUAUUGAGGAGCUUCCCAAGCAUAUUCACCCAGCUCUUCUUGAUUACAUUUCCAGGCCUGUGGAAGAAGUUCCCUGCAUUGAGGAGCCUAACUUUUUGCUUCAAUUAGACUACAAGAACCUGCUAAACGAGUGGGUUACCAAGGAGGAAGUGCCCGCCCCAGCUGACGUAAAUUUGAUGCAUGGUCAGAUCUACAAGUUGGUAAAAGCUGAUAAAAUGAGCCAAAUCUACGAUGUGAUGAAGUACCUGUGCCGCCUUAUUAACUCUAAACGAAGCAACUCAUGUCCGUGGCAUAUGGCUUACAACCACUUAGAGUCGGAUAUUCAAAAAAAAAUGAUUGAGCUGCAAGGCUACAAUAUGCACUUCACCGAGACAAUCCGCUGCUAUAAGUGUGUGGGAUAACCAAAUAUAAUUUUAAUAUGUAUUUUCAGGAAUUCAAUAUAAGUUCCUUUACUCUGUGAUGAGUAGCUUAUAUUAAACAUAAACAUUUCAUUAUUUUGCAGCUCAUUGAAAUCUGAAUCGUAUUAUUUUUGUUUAGAACAAAUCUAGGGAAUGAUUUCGUAUUCAAUUGAUAAUGAUUAAUUUUGUUAAUUUUAAAUAAGCAAAAUGUGAUCAUUUCAAAAGCAAAAGCAAAUGUUCAAAACGCGUAUAGCUAUAAAUUGAUGAAACUUUAAAAGGAAUAUAUAUUAGCCAGUUUUUAAGUAUUUAAUAAAAAGCUACCAUUUUUAAAAAAUAAAA